AUGCGUUAUAUUCAUAUAUUAAUUGUUGUUGGUGUUAUUCUUAACUUAUAUCAAUGUCGAUAUUCUAUUUUACAAUUAAGUGAUACAUCUUUAAAUAUAUUUAUUGGGCUUCUAACAGAUUUACAUCAUUAUAUUCAACAAUUAAUAAAUUCAUCAUCAAAAGUUAUUGUAACUUGUAAUACAGCAAAUAAUAUUUAUCAUAAUUAUAAUUUAUCUGAAUAUGAAAAUAAAUGCCCUGAACAUCGCUAUGAUGUUCAAAUUAUUUCACGUCGACCAUUAAUUAUUUAUAUUGAAAAUUUUUUAACUUCCAAUGAAAUUCAAUAUUUGAUUCAAUUAGCAAAUCCAUUUUUUGAGAAUUCUACUGUUGCUAAUUAUGAUGGAUCAAGAACAUUAGAUGAGAGUUUCCGUUUAUCGAGUACAACUUAUCUUCAACGUGCUGGAACUCCCAUAAUAAAGUGUAUUGAAAAACGAUUUGCUAAAUUUCAAGGUAAUAUUAACCCAUUACAAAUUGAACCUUUACAAGUUGUUAAAUAUCAAUCUAAUCAAUUCUUUCAUCCUCAUUUUGAUUGGUUUUAUAACGGAAGUCAUCUCGACAAUGGUGGUCAACGAAUAACAACAUUUUUUACCUAUUUAUUUGCUAAUUGUACAAACGGUGAAACAGAAUUUAUUGAAAUUAAAUAUAAUCAAACAUUACACGAGCGUUUUUGUAAAAUUUUAAUAUGCGAUGAUGUGGCAGAACAAUAUGGUCUUCGGUUUAGGCCAAUACCAGGAAAUAGUAUUUUUUGGUUUAAUGUUGACGAAAAUAAUAAUAAUGAUGAGUUGACGCUCCAUGCGGGUCGUCCACCAAGUGAAAAUGGAUUCAAAAUAGGAUUAAAUACAUGGACUCGUCAUUCAAUAUUUCAUAACUGA